AUGGCAACUGGACAUGGUGAAGGAUAUGAACUCUCUGAUUUUUUGAAAGCCAAAUAUGAGCAUGUUUUUGUUGUGUUGUUUGAUGCGACACACGACAAAGUAGUCUCCAGAACGGAUUUUGUCAAUUUACUAAGGAAAGUUGCAGACAUCCAUGACAGUGAAGUCUCCGACCCCAGUUACAAGAUUUUACAGGAGAGGAUAGCGUCCAUCAUGGCAGGUUUGAUGAAAGGCAACAGAGCGCACAAGUCUAGCAGACCGCUCGAAAUGCACAUGAACCUUGAAGAAUGGUUAACACACUGGUCAGAAUUUGUGGCGGCGGCCCAGUCUAGAGCCGGGUGGCCGGACACGUCACUGGACGGGAAGGUGGACUAUAGCUGGCAGAAAGACCUCAUGGACUUCCUGUUUGAUGUCAUAGAUUUAAACGGUGAUGGAGUGAUCGAUCUGGCAGAGUUCACUGAGUGCUUUGCAGAGUUUGAUAUUAACGACUGGCUAUGUGAGACGGCGUUUAAAAAAAUGACAGAGGGUACCAAAGAUGUUCUGGACAGGACACGAUUUGAACAGAUCUGGUAA